AAAAUGCGUGAAAUAGUCCACAUACAAGCUGGCCAAUGCGGCAAUCAAAUUGGUGGCAAAUUUUGGGAGGUUAUAUCCGAUGAACAUUGUAUCGAUGCGACGGGGACCUAUUAUGGAGACAGCGAUUUGCAAUUGGAACGCAUAAACGUCUAUUAUAAUGAGGCAACGGGGGCGAAAUAUGUACCACGUGCCAUUUUGGUGGACUUGGAACCAGGCACAAUGGAUUCCGUGAGAUCGGGAGCGUUUGGUCAGAUUUUCCGACCCGAUAAUUUUGUGUUCGGUCAAUCAGGAGCCGGUAACAAUUGGGCCAAGGGCCACUAUACCGAGGGAGCUGAACUGGUCGAUUCCGUUUUGGAUGUGGUGCGCAAGGAAUCGGAGGGCUGUGAUUGUUUGCAGGGCUUCCAGUUGACACAUUCCCUGGGUGGUGGCACAGGCUCCGGCAUGGGCACCUUGCUGAUUUCCAAAAUUCGUGAAGAAUAUCCCGAUCGCAUCAUGAACACAUUUUCCGUUGUCCCCUCGCCCAAAGUAUCGGAUACCGUGGUCGAACCAUAUAAUGCCACCUUGAGUGUCCAUCAGCUGGUGGAGAAUACCGAUGAAACCUAUUGUAUAGAUAAUGAGGCCCUUUAUGACAUUUGCUUUCGGACCCUAAAAUUAACCACACCCACAUAUGGUGAUCUAAAUCAUUUGGUAUCGGCCACAAUGUCGGGUGUGACAACCUGCCUACGUUUCCCCGGCCAGCUGAAUGCCGAUUUGCGUAAAUUAGCCGUUAAUAUGGUACCAUUUCCCCGGCUGCAUUUCUUUAUGCCUGGUUUUGCCCCACUCACAUCACGUGGCUCCCAGCAGUAUCGAGCCCUCACCGUACCCGAAUUGACACAGCAAAUGUUCGAUGCCAAAAAUAUGAUGGCUGCUUGUGAUCCACGGCAUGGCCGCUAUCUCACCGUGGCAGCUAUAUUUCGUGGUCGCAUGUCCAUGAAGGAGGUCGACGAACAAAUGCUAAAUAUUCAAAAUAAAAAUAGCAGUUUCUUUGUCGAAUGGAUACCGAACAAUUGUAAGACGGCGGUGUGUGAUAUACCUCCGCGAGGUCUGAAAAUGUCGGCUACAUUUAUUGGCAAUUCCACAGCCAUUCAGGAAUUAUUUAAACGGGUGUCGGAACAAUUCACCGCCAUGUUUCGUCGGAAAGCUUUCCUGCAUUGGUACACCGGUGAGGGUAUGGAUGAAAUGGAAUUCACCGAAGCGGAAAGUAAUAUGAAUGAUUUGGUAUCGGAAUAUCAGCAAUACCAGGAGGCAACAGCUGAUGAGGAAGGUGAAUUCGAUGAGGACGAAGAAGGAGGUGGUGAUGAAUAAAAAUCGUUG